CAGAAUCGGGUUGUGAAGUACAAUCACUUGAUCAAUGCCUGCCACUUGGACCGAAGGUCAGGGAGACUCUGAGGCAGAAGGCUUUGUAUCUCUUGCGAUGUCUCGGGGAGAUGAACUUGAAGCCGAACGCCAUCACCUAUUGCAACCUCAUCAGCGCCUGCCACGCUCAGGAGUGGCGGCGGUCUUUGGAGCUCUUCGCCACAGCGAACGACGAGCAGCAGCUGGAUGUGAUGCUCUUCAAUGCCACGCUCUCUGCCCUACCAUGGUUUUCAGCCCUUCGGUUGCUGAAGAAGGUGGCCCAGCUCCAGCUGCAGGCCAACAUCAUCUCUUACAACUCCACUCUUCGCGACAGCAUGACGUGGCGACAAAACCUGCAACAGCUCGAAGCACUGCAAGAUCUUGGACUGACACCCAGCCGCGUCAGCUACAACAGCGCCAUGAGUGCAUGCGACCACGACCAGGCGGACGCCUGGCGCUCGGCACUGGGGCUCGCCACAGCCGUGGCUCCCGAUAGGAUCACCUGCAAUGUCGCGAUCCGCCUGCAGGACCCAUCUGCUUGGUCCAGAUCCUUUGAAUUUCUGGAAUUUGGUGCUCGCCGGCGAAUGGAGUCCAACGUCAUCACCAUGAGCUCUGUGCUCAGUGUUGCUGAGAAGGUCAGCCUUUGGAAGUCCUCCUUGCAGCUGAUGACCGUAGCGAAACGAAAUCACCUGGAAGCAAAUGUCGUCACUUUCAACGCCCUGCUGAGCUCCUUCCCUUGGUACCAAGCACUCCAGCUCGUCCACAAUAUGGGACAGUGCCAGGUACAAAGGAGCCUCAUCACACGCACCUCGCACCUGCCUAGGCCGCUUUGAGGUCGAGGGGCGCUGGCCACUGGCGCUGGAGCUGGGGCGGCUGGCACGACGAAGCCGCGAGGUGAGUGAUGUGAUCUCCUUCAACUCCACCAUCAGCAGCUGCAACAGGCAUGCCGAGUGGCAGCGGGCUGUGGAACUCCUUCAACGCCUCGAAGGGUCCUUCCUUGAGCCCAACGCCACUCGGGCUGAUCUUGAAGAUGCCUACCUUGGCCUACCCAGCCCUAGGGAUCCAAAUACCCUCUCAGAAGGUACUUGGACCAUCUUGGACCCUGCAAAAAACCUAAGCUACAUAACAGUGUCUCCAAUCACCGUACCUGAGAAGAAGGUAUAGACUGGAGGGCAGGAGUGUGAACC